UUCGACUCUCUGGGGUGGGGGGGGGGUUUAAAUAGAGAGAGAGAGAUAGAGAGACUCAAUUCUCAGUUCGAGAUAAAGCUAGGGUUUUUUAGUUUUCUCAGAUAUCUUUAACUUCACCAAAGUUCGAAAAUGGUUGCUACGAAGAGACUUGGUGAUCACAGCGACUCCAACUCGGAUGACUCCCUCACGAGGAAACGUGACGAUGACGUUGACGCGAUGCGCAGGAAGAGGAAGCAACUAAAGACGACGACAGCUACAUUGGUACCUCCCUCUGCUUCAAAGAUCAAAUGGACUAAAAACGAUGAGCUUGUCAUUCUCGGGGGUAUUGUGGACUUUGAAAAUGAAACGAAACUGAGCUUCAGAUCCGACCGGGAUGCCUUGUACCAUUAUAUAAAAGAUUAUGUAGAAUCAAACUUUUCGAAGAGGCAGCUCAUAGAUAAGGUGAGGAGCUUGAAGAGAAAGUUUAUAGAUAAUCAGGCGAGAUCUAACGAUGGGAAAGAGCUUUCUUUUACUGAUACUGAUGAUGAUGCCAUCUUCAAAUUGUCAAUGAUGAUUUGGGCCAAAAAUGAAACAGAGCAUGUUGGUGAGGAUCUGAACCAAGCUAAGGAUGUUCCUUCUGGGGGGCAAGAAAGAAAGAAUGUGACUUGUACGGAGCAGGAGCAAGUGAGUGUAGAAGUUGAGAAUGGUGAGAAAGAGAAAUUGGACCAAGCCAAGGACGUGCCUUGUGAGGAGCAAGAGGAUAUGGAUGUGCCUUGUGAGGAGCAAGAGGGUAAGGAUAUGCCUUGUGAGGAGCAAGAGAGGGUGAGUGUGGAGAAUGAUAAUGGUGAGCAAGAGAUGAGUGAAGAAGAUGGUGUGGGUGAGUUAGGUGUUAUGGAGGACACACUUGACUCUGGGAUCACGUUACUAGAUUCAGCUAAAAAUGGUGAGAAAGAUAAGAGUGAAGAAGAAGGUGUGUAUGAGUUGGGUGUUCUGCAGGGGAUACUUGAGGGGGAUACAUUUUAUCAAAACUGUGGUAAAUUUCAACAGAAGAUGCUGCGUCAGAAUUUGGAAAAGAUUGGAGCAGAAAAAAGAAAACAGCUAAUCGACGAAUGGAACGCGUUGAUGGUUGAGGAGCUGAAAUUGUAUGUCAAGAAACUAACUUUCUUGGCAGAGCUGCUUGAAAUGGGAGAAGUUUCUCCUUAGUUCGUAAGGAAGAAUAAAGUAUGCUCUUGGAAUGAUUUCGAUGUUUUAGGUUCCUUCUGCUAUUUCCUUUCCAUCUUUUUCUUCUUGUGUUGUGUUUUAGCUAUCAUUUUCGAACUUUCAAGUAGCGUACGCUAAAAGGGUUGUGUGACUUCUUUUGUCUUAUGGUGUAACUUGUUCUAUGGAAUUAUCCUUAUUUCUU